AUGUGGGGGAUGAGUGAGAGGAGACAGAAUGGCAGUAGAGAUAUCAAUGGUCAGUGUGGGAGCACUAUUGUUGCUUCUAUUGCUGCUUUUGGUGCUGAUUUACCAUCAGAGAGACAUCCAUUCACAAGGAAAGGAUGAAAAAAGAGUUAAAUCUGGACUCCUGCAGCAUCUACACAAGUUUUUUCACAGUUCUUCACAACCGUCCCUCCCUGGGCCCCCCAGUCGCAUCCUCAUUGGCAACAUGAUGGAGCUGACGCACGAUCACUUACCGAUUCACCUGACCAAUCUGGCACAACGCUACGGAAGCAUUUACCGCCUCAAAUGUGGAAAAACAACCAUGGUGGUGCUGAACAGCUGUGAAGUCAUCAGAGAAGCGUUGGUGAAGAAAUGGUCGGAUUUUGCAGGGCGACCGAUUUCCUACACAGGCGAUAUUGUAUCUGGAGGAGGGCGUAACAUCUCUCUGGGAGAUUACACAGAAGAAUGGAGGGCACACCGGCGUCUCGUUCACAGUGCCUUGCAGCGCUGCUGCCAGAAGUCUUUGCAUGGGCUGAUAGAGAGACAGGCCCUGCAUCUGAGAAAGGUUCUGAUGGACUACCAAGAGAGAGCUGUUGACCUCUCAGAAGACUUUACUGUGGCAGCCAGUAACGUCAUCACCACUUUGGCUUUUGGGAAAGAAUAUGAUAAGACCUCACCAGAGCUGCAGGAGUUGCACAGUUGUCUAAAUGAGAUUGUUGCCCUGUGGGGCUCCUCGUGGAUUUCAGCCCUGGAUUCCUUUCCACUGCUGAGAAAAUUACCGAAUCCUGUGUUUGCUCGUCUUCUCAAAGAGGUGGCCAGGAGGGAUGCAAUCAUAAAACAGCACCUGAAUGAAUACAAGUCACAAAACAAAAUAAAUGAGGACGCUAUAACAGGAUUCCUCCUCCAAGGCCUUGACAAACAGCAGAGUACAGAAAAUGGAGAGCUCCUGACUGAUGUUCAUGUCCACAUGGCGACUGUGGACCUUCUGAUUGGGGGAACAGAGACCACAGCAGCCUGGCUCAACUGGACCGUGGCCUUCCUGCUGCACAGACCAGAGGUGCAGACCAGAGUAUAUGAUGAGCUCUGCACAGCAUUAGAGGGACGGUAUCCCAAAUACAGUGACAGACAUCGACUUCCUGUGCUGUCCUCUGUUAUCAGUGAGAUGCUCAGACUGAGGCCGGUCGCUCCUCUGGCCGUCCCACACAGAGCAAUCAGGGACAGCAGCAUUGCAGGUUACUUCAUCCCGAAGAACACAGUCAUCAUUCCUAAUCUUUUUGGGGCACAUCAUGAUCCAACGGUUUGGUCCGAGCCGUACAGCUUCAAACCAGAGCGCUUUAUGGAGAGAGGAGGCAGCUCCGCUCGCUUCCCGAUGCCUUUUGGAGGGGGCGCUCGGCUCUGCCUGGGGGAGUCCGUCGCCAAAAUUGAGCUCUUUCUGUUCACUGCGUACCUGCUGAGAGAUUUCCAGUUCGUCCUCCCUCAGAGCGAAGGCUCCCCGCCUGACCUCAGGGGCGUCGCCAGUGUUGUGCUCAAGAUCAAGGCCUACAAAGUCAUUGCACGUCCGAGGCCUUAAACUAAUCCUUGGGCAGUAGUGUGAGCGUGUUGCAUGGCUGUGAAGGUUUUCUUUUUGUUGCAUUUGAGUAGAAAGAAGUUUUAACAAAUUCAUUACGGGGAUCCAACUUCUGGAAACACGUGAACAGCAAAAAAAAAAUGUAUAACCUCAACUUCUGUGUGGCAAAAUACACACGAUUCCAUCUGCAUCUGAUUAUGUACAGGCUGUAUUCACUUUGCAACAAUGAUAGCACCACCCAGUGGACAAACACUGCACAUGCGUGUUACUCACCUCUACAUUGUUCCCCAAAGGUGGAAGCGAGGAGUGUGGGGUGAAUCUCAUAUUGACAAAAAAAGGAAAUCAUACUUUAAGAUGAUAUUUAAUGUUUUUCCAGAUUUUGUUGCCAAAAGGUUGAAUUAAAAAGUAGGAACAUUCAUAGAAACAUAGGGAAACUGAUCCGUACUGACUAUUAAUCUGACCAAAUACACACAAAAUUUAAACUACUAAGAAAGUUUAUAAUUUUUGUACAGUUUCCUGUUAGGAAUCUUCCUAAGUAUUUCAUCACAAAGUCCCUGUGUUAACUUGUAGUCAUUUUUCCUCUUAAACAUCAGUCAAUAAAUGAAAUUCUGAGAUGUUUGACAAGGAAACACAUGUUCUCCUGUUUGAAAAGGAAUAUAUAAGUUCAGAGACAGACUGAAUCUUCUUAUUUCCUAAUUUAAAUGACAGACAUUUUUUAACAAUUUGAUUGGGAAAUAAAUCAGUUUUAGUUUCCUCUGAUUAUGGGGCUCCAAAAAUAAUCUGAAGAUGUAUUAUGAGCAACUGUUUUAUUCAGAGUAUUUCUAAAUAUUUCUAAAGAAUAUCAGAAUAAACAUUUUGAAAAAGAAUCAGCUCACUGAUGUUGUUUGGACUUUAAUUUCAUCUCUGUCAUGGGCAUCAGAAACAAUUCAUCAGUUAAUUAUAACACUUGAUUACAGCUGAAUUAAACCGUUUUGUGUGUAGCAUUUGUUUGAUCCUAUAGCAACCUAAGAACACAGUUAAUGUUGUAUUUGUCCAUGCAAAUGGAUAUUUUGCAAACACAUGAUUUCCUUUAAUUACUGUCAUAUCAGAUAAAUGUAAAAGAAAUUGACACUGAUAAUAAUCAUAGUCUAGAAGAUUGCUAAUAUAUAAAAAAUAAUAAGUGAACUUACAUUUCAUGAUGAAAAGCUACUCAUGUUUGAGGGUUAAAUCUUU